CUGCUUGGAAUGUGGAUGCAAGGAUUAAUACCUCUGAACAGAAUUCUACUUCUUUCUCUUCAUUCGGAUUAACUCCUGGAGUUUCUGGCUCCAACAGUGAGGCAGUUUCUCAGGCUGGUACUUCAGAUUUUCAGUGGGAUUUAAGUCAUGCUCAACCCCCUGUUGAUGACGAAUGGUCUGGGUUAAAUGGACUUUCUUCAGCUGAUCCCAGCUCUGAUUGGAAUGCACCAGCAGAAGAAUGGGGAAACUGGGUGGAUGAAGAAAAAGUUGCUUCUGUUCCUCAACCUGAAGAGAUAUCUGAUGUUCAGAAGGCUUCAGAUAAUGAAAGAGAAAAAGCAGAGCCAAUUCUUCAGAGUUCUACAAGUGGCAAAUCCAAGAAAAAGAAGAAGAAAAAGAAGAAGCAGGGUGAAGAGGCUAACUCUACUGCACAGGACACUGAAGAACUGGAUAGAGAAGCUGGAGAUGAAUUUCAGGAGGAUACCUCAAAAGUUCAACCACAGCAGGAAAUAGCUUUUUCUCUGAAGACCAUAAGUACUAGUGAACCAGCUAAGCCUGAGGAGGCUCCUUCGCUUGCUGUUUCUACUGAGCCAUCUGUAAUUGUAUCAGAGAGCGAUUCUGACAAGAUCACUUCCCAAGUGCCACAGAUGCUACAAGAGACAGAUGUUUCUAGUCCCAAUAUCAAGCAAAACAGUGUGCCUCCUCCACAGACAAAGUCUGAAGAAAGCUGGGAAUCCCCCAAACAAGUUAAAAAGAAGAAAAAAGCAAGAAGGGAAACGUGAACUUCCUGAGAUGGACAUGUGUUGCUGAAUAUCGUCAUGAAGAUUAUGCUGUUUAUGCAAUAAUUUGUGAACAUGUACAGAAUUUUAUAUGAAUUUCAAAAAAUUUUUAAAAACAGAACUGCUGUGAACACAAACAUCUUUAAAAAGGAAUCAAAGGAGAGUAAAUUUGUGAUACAGCAAACAGAACAUGCUACAUUUGAAAGACGUGCUGAAGAGUCUGUUUUCCAACUUUUGGAGAGAGAUCUUAAUAGAAACAAAACCCUGGUUUUACAACACAGUGCCCUGUUUACAACAGAUUAUACUCUCAUCGACAGCUGCGGAUAAAAGAUUAAUUUCAAGGAAGGGUUUUCUGUAAAAAUAAUUGUCUGUACGAUAGUGCGUGUUUCUGGCAUCUCUUAAGAGUGAUGCAUUAGAAGCACAGAAUGUCAACCAUUCGAAUUUAUUUCCUGCCUAAAUCAAAGUGCUUUGAUUAAAUACAUAAUCUGCCAUAUCUCUACAGCAAGUUGGUUAGCAAGUCUGCUAGCUGAUACAGGAAUCACAAGUCAUUAACCAUUUGUACAGUCAGACCUUCAUGGUUUAUUAUAUGAAGUUAAUACAAUAAAACUGCUUUGGG